UUUACAGUUUAAAAUGGACAUUUUAGUAAAUUAAGAGUGAGGUUGUAGCUAGGGUUCUUCUCUCUGUUUAAAAUACAAGAUCGUUUACUUCCAAGCCCCGUCCUCAGCAACUGGUUUCGACACAAUCGUCUUCAGGAGCAGGAAGGAGAGUUGUUUUUCUAGAUCAACAAGGAAAAUGUCGGGGGAAGAACCUGCCGUUGUUGCAGCCGAGUCAGCUGCCACGAUUCCAGGCGAGCCAAUGGAUAUCAUGACUGCCUUACAACUUGUCCUCAGAAAAUCUCUGGCUUAUGGUGGUCUUGCACGAGGCCUUCAUGAAGCAGCAAAAGUGAUUGAGAAGCAUGCUGCACAGCUCUGUGUUCUAGCAGAAGACUGUGACCAGCCUGACUAUGUUAAACUUGUUAAGGCCCUUUGCGCAGAGCACAAUGUUAGCCUGUUGACGGUUCCUAGUGCAAAGACCCUUGGAGAAUGGGCUGGUCUGUGCAAGAUUGAUUCAGAAGGAAAAGCUAGGAAGGUUACUGGUUGCUCCUGUGUUGUUGUCAAGGAUUUUGGGGAGGAACAUGAAGCUUACAAUGUUGUUCUGCAGCAUGUGAAAUCUCAAUGAGUUGCAAGAUUCAUAGAUUUUGUUCAUCUUUUCAUUUUGGGGUUAUUCCAUGAGAAUGAAUUUUGCCAUGUAGCUGGAUUAUCUAUCUUGGGAUUUGAUUGUUUAAUACGACUUUGUUGCAUUCUAGAUUUGCUGCUACUUUUUCUUUCAUGCAUUGUUACUUUAAUUAGGAACUUUUGUUUCACUAUGACAUCUCUGCUUUAAGGUAAUAAUUAAAAUAGGAAAAUUGAGCUGAUAAGAA